AUGGAUACAAUCUUGGUCGAGGAAACCAUUGUCGAUUCAGACGCUGUGGAUCGUUUCUUCGCCGACACGGUAGACAACUAUAUGGCGGAGGAAGAGAUCGUCCUGUCAGAAGAUGCGGAGAGCGGCGCAGAAUUUGCGCUCACCGACCGGAGUAACAACUGUUUCGAAGAGUUUAUGGAGUUAGGCGAGGGCAGCGAGGCCGGCACCGGAUUGCGAAACGCGGCGGACGGCGCACACGACCCUCUCAGCAAGCUGCUGGCGGAGUCUGGGCUCCAGUACUACUCGCCGCCAGCGGCCGGGCCCUCAACCGAGGAGGAACUGCGCAUGAUGGCCCUGCUGGAGAGCACGGAGCCGGAGAGCGCGGAAGAGACCAGCCACUUCGUGCGCCGCAGUCUGCGCAAGCGCAGCGUGCGCCUCGAAGACCUGGUGGACGAAGACUCGGACGACGAAUCUCCCCCGCGGCGCAAGGGCGGCAGGAACAAGGCGCGCCGCUCCCGCAAGAACUCGCGACGCCCCCGCAGCCAGCCGCGAGACGAGUGGCCCGGGCCGUCCCUCCACCACCAACAGCAGCAGCAGUUGCCAGUGCUGCAAGGCCCUCAACAGCACCAGCAGCAAUUCCUCCACCAGCAAACCCAGUUCCCUCGGGAGCAGCAGUCGGAAGAGCCUCAGCAACAACAGCUGUUCCAACAGCAGGUGCCUCAACAACACCAGUUCGCUCAGCAGCAGCUGUCGCAGGCGUCCCAGCAGUUCCCUCAGCAGCAGCAACCGCAGGUUGCUCAGCAACACCAGCAAUUAGCUCAGCAGACCACACAGCAGCAGCCGCAGCACCAGUUUAGUCAGCUGCCACAGCCACAGGUGCCUCAACAGCAACACCAGAUCCACCAGGAGCAACAGCAGCAGACGGCACCUCCGCCACCUCCGCACCAGCUGCACUCUACACUGCCGGCAACGGCCGUAAUGGACCGGAAUGAGAUGCUCCUCAGCAGCUGGAACAACUUCAUGUUCAAUUACAUCAGCAGACUGCCCAAGGAUAAACUUCGAUAUCUCGAUUCCCGUCUUAAUGACAGGCUUCUGGGCAGACUUCCUCCAAUUCAGAGGUAA